AUGAUUUCCCAGCGUGAAAUUGACCGAGACUCUUCAAAUGAUAUGAGAGUGACAGCGAGAGAUGUGGAGCAAACCACGAUUGGACCAGAAAUUUCUAAAGAAGAAUUCAUGUCAGCCUUAGAAAAUUGCAAUAUUCCAGAAAAUUUUGAAAAAGUCGAACAUUAUUUGAAUUACAAGAAAUUCAUAAGUGAAUAUGACGUGUUUCUUCCUAACCUCAUUGCAUUACUUGAUCCACAACAAAAUCCUGAUCCUGAUUUUCGUUUAAGAGUUUUCAACUUAUUCCAUCAGAUCAUUAAUGACUUUGGACUUUACUAUGAUCUCAUUUAUAAAUACAAUUUUCAUGAAUUUUUAUAUCAACUUUUCCCAGAAGAAGGAUCAUUAGUAUUACUUGAAGAUUUACUUUAUUAUGAUUCAACAAAGUACAACCAUGACACUGAAUUUCGAAGAGUCUUUUUAUUCUUAAUGGAUAACAAUUUUUGUCAGAGAAUCAUUGAAUUAUUAAGCAAUUAUACCAAUGAGAACAUCCAACUACUCAUACAUUUGAUCAGAGUACUUACAUUAUACAAUGCAAAUGAUGAAGUAGAAAAAUAUUUAAAUAUUGCUGACAAACUUGUCGAAUUAUUAGGAUCAUGCACAGAAGAAGGCAUCCUUGGAAAGUUUAUAAUAAAUAUCGGCAAGAUUCAGAUCGCUGCUCAGUAUCUUACACAAAAAUAUAUUGAAAAUGAUGAUCUUUUCAAUUUUUUGCUGUCAUUCCCUCCAGAUUCAGAUCUAAACUCUGCAUCAUUAAUCUAUUUCCAUAAUUAUCUCUUGAAAAUGCAGACUUUUCGUUAUGAUGAUUCAAAAUUUGAAAGAUUAAUGAAUUAUUGCUUCCAAUUCAUCACAGAUGACAGCAAAUUCCUAGGAGAUGCAUGCUAUUUCUUUGCAACUGCAAUUCAAUAUGCAAAAACAGAUGAUGAAAAAUAUACUAAGAUUUUCUUUGAAUCUGGGUGGUUUGAUAAAAUAUUUGAAAUGGCCAAAGGAAGUUACUCAUACAAGAUCAAAGAAGACCUUACAAAUUGCGUUCUUUCUUUUAUUGACUCAACAAGAAAUUUGGAAUUGAUGAUGUACAUGAUUGAUAACGGAGUUAUUGACUUUAUAGAGCUUUGUAUUGAUUCAAUGCCAAGACAAAUCACUUACUUUAUCGAUGCAAUUUAUAGAAUUUUAGAAGUUGCAAGCGCAAAUCAAAUGGAUGACUGGAAGUGCGCUAUAUUUAAUAGUGAAACAAUAUCUGAAGCAAUUUAUUCAUUUAAUCCAAGAGAUCAAGUGUAUCAAGAAAUUAUUGAAUUGAUCCGAAAAAUGGAUCAAGAAGAUGAGUGA